GCGAGGAGUGUGUAUAAACGUAGCUAGGGUUUUAUAAAAGCGCUACACUCGCCUCCCUCACCCUUUUGCCUCACUCAGCUGUAGCCGUCUCCUCCUUCCUCUGGUUUUGUUAGGGUUCACCCCAGUUGUUCCGGUAACGAUUUCGCCAUGAGCAAGCUGCAAAGUGAGGCAUUGAGGGAGGCCAUCUCCCAGAUUAAGACUAAUUCGGAGACGAAGAAGAGGAAGUUCACCGAGACAGUGGAGUUGCAAAUUGGGUUGAAGAACUAUGACCCACAAAAGGACAAGCGUUUCAGUGGUUCCGUGAAGCUUCCCCACAUUCCUCGUCCUAAGAUGAGGGUUUGCAUGCUUGGAGAUGCUCAGCAUGUUGAAGAGGCAGAGAAGAUGGGAUUGGCCUACAUGGAUGUGGAAUCCCUGAAAAAGCUUAACAAGAACAAGAAGCUGGUCAAGAAGCUUGCAAAGAAGUAUCAUGCUUUUUUGGCUUCUGAAGCUGUCAUCAAGCAAAUUCCUCGUCUUUUGGGCCCUGGUCUUAACAAGGCAGGUAAAUUUCCAACUCUGGUGAGUCACCAGGAAUCUCUGGAGGGAAAGCUUAAUGAAACAAAGGCCAUGGUUAAGUUCCAACUCAAGAAGGUUCUUUGUAUGGGUGUUGCUGUCGGGAAUCUUGCCAUGGAUGAGAAACAGAUAUUCCAGAAUGUGCAACUCAGUGUCAAUUUCUUGGUUUCUCUAUUGAAGAAGAAUUGGCAGAAUGUGAGAUCAUUGAACCUGAAAAGCACCAUGGGGAAAGCUAUCCGAAUUUACUAAAUUCUUGCAUUUCAGCAGAGGCUUUCAUGUGGAAGAAGAGCAUUAGCAAAACUAUGUUCCUUUUUGUUAACUUUAGUUUAAAUUCCUAGCCUAAACUACAAUGCGUACUGUGAUUUUUGUUAAAGUGAAUGCUCAUGGAUAAUUUUGGAGGGAUUUUGUUAUUCUUAAA